AAAAUAAACAUAAGGCGAGGUUUGGAAAAACAGUCUGUUAGGAGACAGCGAUUCUCUCUCCUCGAAUCGCAUCAAUCCAGGCUUUUUUUGUCAUCCUUACAAAUCUGAAAUUCUUUCUUUUUCACAACCAACUCUUUACCUUUUUGAUUUUCUUUUUCGAUUUUUUCAAUUGUGUUUUUGAUUUUGAAAUCGGAGGUGCGGUUAGGGCUUCUGCGGCAACUGCAUCGAUUGUAAUGCUGUGAAGUAGGUGGCGUGAAGAGUAGUCGUUCCGGCUCUGAAAAUGGCCACCGACUUGCAGAUGACGCCUCAGUUGGAGCAGAUCCAUGGUGAAAUUCGCGAUAAUUUUCGCGCUCUCGCAAAUGGCUUCCAGAAGCUGGAUAAGAUUAAAGAUCCCAAUAGACAAAGUAAACAGCUGGAGGAACUUACAGGGAGAAUGAGGGAGUGUAAAAGAUUAAUCAAGGAGUUUGAUCGUGAAAUGAAAGAUGAGGAGCGUGGAAAUCCUCCUGAGGUUAAUAAGCAGCUCAAUGAUGAAAAACAAUCUAUGGUCAAGGAGCUGAAUUCAUAUGUGGCUUUGAGAAAAACGUUUAUGAGUAGCCUUGGUAAUAAGAGACUUGAACUCUUUGACAUGGGAGCAGGAGCUAGUGACCCUACAGCAGAUGACAAUGUUCAAGUGGCAUCAUCAAUGUCCAAUCAAGAGCUUAUACAAGCUGGGAACAAGACGAUGGAUGAGACUGAUCAGACCAUUGAACGCUCUAAACAGGUUGUUGCACAAACAAUUGAAGUGGGAACAGGAACCGCUGUUACCUUAAAAGGCCAAACUGACCAAAUGGGCCGCAUUGUUAAUGAGCUGGAUACAAUUCAAUUCUCAAUCAAGAAGGCCUCUCAGCUGGUGAAGGAGAUUGGUAGGCAGGUGGCUACAGAUAAAUGCAUAAUGCUUUUCCUAUUUCUUAUUGUCUGUGGUGUAAUAGCCAUUAUCAUUGUGAAGAUUGUGAACCCCAACAACAAGAGCAUCAGAGACGUCCCUGGAUUGGCACCUCCAGCCCCUUCAAGGAGGUUGUUGUAUCUGAAGGCUUCGGAUUAUUUGGAGUAGGUCCCAUUUGUGUCCAGAUUGUGAGUGGUUUCCUUUUGAUUAUUAUAUGGUUCGAUGUGUGGGUGGAACACAGAGAGGUGAGGAUUGUGCGCCUUCUGUUUUUUUCCCCUUUUAAUCGUUUCGGUCUAUAUCUAUUCUUGCCUGAGAUGUGUAUAUCAUGUUUGUGAUUCUAUGUGUAAAUCAUAUCUGAGGUGGCUAUUUUACCUUUGCCCUUCUUGCUUUGUUUUGAACCUUACGGUUCUUCUGUAUACAUUCUGAAAUUGUUGUAGAGCUAGGACAGAAAUAAUACUCGAUCAAUUCUGCUAUGAAUCCCAUGUUUCUACA